CUGGACAUCUCAGACGAGUUCUCUGAGGUGAUCCGCGCCCUGAAGAACCACGAGGACAAGAUGCGUGUGGUGCUGAACAAGGCUGACCAGAUAAACACGCAGCAGCUGAUGAGAGUCUACGGCGCCCUCAUGUGGUCGCUGGGGAAGAUCAUCAACACCCCCGAGGUGAAUUAUUAUUAUUUUAUUUAUUUCCACAAAGGUGCGUCCGAAAUGGCACCCUAUUGCCUAUAUAGUUCACUUAUUUUAAACAGGGCCAACAUAGGUCUCCCAAAUGGCACUCACUUCCCUAUAUAGUGCACUACUUUCCCAUGGUCAAAAGUAGCGCACUCUAGUGGGAAUAGGGUGUCAUUUCAGAUGCAGACAAUUUUUAAAUGCAUAUAGAAUUGCCUUAGCCAUCAGACUACAACACAACAACACAUACAUUAAGGAUGCAAAGUCUACUAACUUAUUUCCAUUGUGGUCCUGCUGGGGCCGUGCCUGGCUACCCAGACUCCUUGCUACGGCCAAACGCUACACCACGCCCGUGGACGUUAGUUUCUUCUCAAUGAGUCUGGAUCUGACCUUCCCUACUCUUCACCGAAUGCGAACACAUUCGGGGGCGUCUGAUGAGUCCAUGCCCUGCCCUCAAUAUUAGGAAGGUGUUCUUAAUGUUUUGUACACUGUGUUGAGAUAUAUAUAUAUAUAUUGUGGUCCUCAGGUGGUGAGGGUGUACAUCGGGUCGUUCUGGGCCCAGCCUCUCCUGAUCCCUGACAACAGGAAGCUGUUUGAGGCUGAGGAACAGGACUUGUUCCAGGACAUCCAGGGUCUUCCCCGGAACGCAGCGAUACGGAAGCUCAACGACCUCAUCAAGAGGGCCCGGCUAGCUAAGGUGAGGUGAGGGGUCCAGAUGUUUGUAGGAAGGUAUGGGGGCAUAGAAUGGAGAAAGAAGUGGAGGGCACUCAACCAAUGGGAGUCGAGGUGCAACAUGUUUUUCUUUUAUAAUUGAAAAGGCGCAACACUCGUUCACCAUUAUAAACUCAUUGUUCUAUUUAAGCUAUAUUAAAAGAUUGGGACUAGGAAUAAGGGAAUAUCCAAGAGGGCACUUUAGCAGAGAGGAGCAGAGUUCAAGUUAGUAGUAUUUUGUUGUGGGUCAACAGCAGUGGUGUAAAGUAGCUAAGUAAAAAUACUUGAAAGUACUACUUAAGUCGUUUUUUUGGGUGUCUGUACUUUACUUUAAUAUUUAUAUUUUUGACUACUUUUACUUGACUACAUUCCUAAAGAAAAUUAUGUACUUUUAACUCCAUACAUUUAAGUAUAUUUAAAACCAAAUACUUUUAGACUUUUACUCAAGUAGGAUUCUACUGGAUGACUCACUUUUACUUGAGUCAUUUUCUAUUAAGGUAUCUUUACUUUUACUCAAGUAUGACAGUUGGGUACCUUUUCCACAACUGGUUAACAGGUAGUUUCUAAAGGAUGUUUCAACCCUUGUACAUGCCUACAUCCUCAACUAGAUGGUUUAUUAUGGCAGAAUAUCAGUCUGGGUCAAUGGCUUGUUUCUAAAGGUUAUGUGAACUUUGAACCCUUGUCCAGGUCCAUGCCUACAUCAUCAGCUCUCUGAAGAAGGAGAUGCCCAGUGUGUUUGGGAAGGAGAACAAGAAGAAGGAACUGAUCGCCAACCUGGGAGAGACGUACCUGAAGAUAGAGAGGGAACAUCAGAUCUCCCCUGGAGACUUCCCUAAACUCAAGAAGAUGCAGGUGAGAUGGAGACUGAAUCCAUAUCUAGUGUAGCUUCCUCAGAGAAAUGUUGCUGGAAUAGUUUCCGUACGCAUGUCCACACCAAAGGUUAAUCAGUGUGACUCUACAAACUGAAGUGUUAUGCCAUUAUUUGUAUCAUGAUGUUGUAGAUGUAAUGAAGACCGUCCAAUGAUGAACAUAUUCUUUGUUAAUAACCUCAGACCUUUAACAUAGUAUUCAUCUCCCCUCGUCUCUGAAGGAGCUCCUGGCUGGCCACGACUUCUCUAAGUUCCCUGCCAUGAAGCCCAAGCUGCUGGAGGCUGUGGAGGACAUGUUGGCCAACGACAUCGCCCGCCUCAUGACCCUGGUUCGCCAGGAGGAAGCCGCCAUGCCCAGCCAGGCUGUCCACGGUGGCGCCUUCGAAGGCACCAUGUCCGGCCCCUUCGGUCACGGCUACGGAGAGGGCGCCGGGGAAGGCAUCGACGAGCAGGAGUGGGUGGUGGGCCGGGACAAACCCUCGUACGAUGAGAUCUUCUACACUCUGUCACCGAUCAACGGUAAAGUGUCGGGCGCGGCAGCCAAGAAGGAGAUGGUGAAGUCCAAGCUGCCCAACACGGUCCUGGGCAAGAUCUGGAAGCUGGCCGACGUGGAUAAGGAUGGUUACCUAGACGAUGAGGAGUUUGCGCUGGCCAAUCACCUGAUCAGAGUGAAGCUGGAGGGACAUGAGCUGCCAGGGAAGCUUCCGGAACACCUGGUGCCACCUUCUAAACGCCACCAGGAGAUUGAUAUGGGAGAGUGA